AUUGUACACAUCUCAUAAAGCGAGGGCGAUUCGGCCAGUUUCCCAAAGUCCUGGAUGUCGCUUGAAAAAGGCAUACAGUUAGUCACUCUCGCAACGAAUGAAGACAAAGCAAAGAAUUAUGAGCAGGCGCUCAGAUAUUACGAACAUGCAAUUGAAUAUUUCAUUCAUGCCAUCAAGUAUGAGGCUCCAAGUGAUCGAGCUAAAGAAUCUAUUCAGCUCAGUUGUGCUCGGUACCUUGACAGAGCUGAGCAAAUAAAGAAGUACAUGGCCUCAAAGUCACGUGAAAAAAGCGAAGCAAACUCUGGUGGUACAAGGGAAAAGAAAAGAGAUGAUUCUGAUAAAGAAGACGGCGAAAACUCACGUUUUCAAAUUCAGCUGCAAGGAGCGAUUGUGACUGAAAAACCUAAUAUCAGUUGGGAUGAUGUCAUUGGCUUACAGUCAGCAAAGGAAGCUUUGAAGGAAGCAGUGGUUCUACCUAUAAAGUUUCCACACCUGUUCACUGGAAAGCGUACUCCUUGGAGAGGGAUUCUUCUUUACGGGCCACCCGGAACUGGUAAAUCAUAUUUGGCCAAAGCUGUUGCAACGGAAGCAAACAAUUCAACAUUUUUGUCUGUUUCAAGCUCGGAUUUGGUUAGUAAAUGGCUUGGUGAAUCUGAAAAAUUGGUGAGAUCACUAUUUGCAAUGGCUAGAGAACAGAAACCAAGUAUAAUUUUCAUCGAUGAAGUUGAUUCGUUAUGCGGGUCACGUAAUGAUAAUGAGUCAGAGUCUACAAGACGGAUAAAAACUGAAUUUCUAGUUCAAAUGCAAGGUGUCUCUUCGAAUAAUGAAAACGUCCUAGUAUUGGCAGCUACAAAUACUCCUUGGACUUUAGAUUCCGCUAUACGUCGUCGUUUUGAAAAGCGUAUAUAUAUUCCCCUUCCUGAAACAGGUGAACGUGUUAGUAUGUUCAAGAUGAAUCUGGGAAACAUAUUCCAUAGUCUGGUAGAGAAAGACUUUAUUGAACUGGGGGCAAGAAGCACGGGUUAUUCAGGUGCGGACAUAUCAGUUGUUGUUCGGGAAGCUUUAAUGAUGCCUGUUCGGAAGGUUCAAACGUCAACACACUUUAAAUAUGUAAGUCCUUUUAAUUGUAUUAGUCUUUAUCAUAUCAAUACCCAUACAACCUAAGCUUCUAUAUAUCAAUUAAUGCAAAAGUGGUGCACGAGGUUUUAAACUACAUCCACCGGUUCACCACAAAGAGUAUAUACCUUCAUUCAAUCCUGUGAGUUCUACGGGAACUCUUUGGACUUCUAAGGUACAAAGUACUUGCGGUACUAAAUAACACUAAUUAACAACUUAUUAAAUACGGUUAGAAUAGCUUGUCUAUGAUCAUUGUUUGACUGUCAUCCGCGCACUCCGGGUCUAAGGCCUGUCCUGGGAACGUUUAAAUUUUUAUUACCUUCAAUGUCAUUUCUUAUAGUAUCCUUCCCAUCUUAGUGAUUUUUUCUUUUCGUAUUAAUGUCAGGUGUAGCAACCGUUGCAUACUAAUACUAGAUCCUACGUUAAGAAGGACUGGCUGACUAGCCGAAGCCUCUGAAACCCUAAGGAAAUAUCUUUUCUUAUCACUUUUUUAAUAUGCAGUAACAUUAAGAUAUUGUCCUCAAUAAGUAUUGAGUUUAGACAAAUUAUGAAAUGGCAUAUGUGAAGGUUUAUUUUAAUCUGUUUGUACUUGAGGAUUAUUUGGUAUCAAUAGAGCUAUGAAUCAGUGGUUAGGUCACUAGGCUUUUAAUCGCUAAGUUGCACAGUUGGUCCCAUAUAGUCUAUUUUAGUUCUGGCAAUCAGAUAACAUCAUUCUUGGUCACACCAAAGUAUGACUCGCAUUAGAAUAAACAUACAUAAACCUGUCUGCUAAGUUAUCUUAAAUCAGCUAAAUUAUUCGAUAUUUAUCUGCAGUCGUUUUAUUGAUUUGCAGUUCAUUUUUGUAUUUCUGAUCGUUUAAAUUGUUUUGUUCGACAGGUUACUGGUCCUUCUCCUACUGAUCCAUCAAAGAUUGUCAAUGAUCUUUUAAUGCCAUGCUCCCCAGGAGAUCAUGGUGCGAUGGAAAUGGAUUGGAAAAAAGUCCCAAGUGAUAAACUUAGAGAACCCCCAGUUGCUAUGGUUUGUUUAUUCUCUAUUUUUCCCGUCAUCAUUUUGAUUGUGAAUUUCUUCAGGAGUAUAACCCUAUAUUUUUCUGUCUAUUAUCCGUGUAUGUAGAAUUUUAUGACAAUUCACUAUUUGGCGUAGAAAUUAGUGAAUAUCAAUUACGGUUGUCUAAUAGAAAUAAAAAAAGUGUUGUUAAUAUAACAAUGAGAGAUAAACUACUCACAUGAACCAGCAUAAGUUGUGUUGAUAUGUCAGUGAAGUGUAUAAAGCUUUCUCCUUAUCACUAAAUCUGGAUACUGAUUCUAUAUAAUUUUGUGGAAAUAAAAAUCACUAUCAUCAAAUAUGUAUUUCGUUAUUUUAUGUUAUUCUAUUUUAAGUAAUUUGUCUUACUAAUGUUGUUUUAAAGCAAUCAUUAUUGUUUAUACCAUAUGAACUUUUACAAAACUAUUAUACACGUAAUUAAACUAUUAUAUGGAUUAUUCAUAACAGUGUUAAACCGAAUACACAAAACUAAGUUGACAGUUGCCGUAGAGAGAACCUUUUUUUCAAGUGCGCAGAUAUCGAACAGUGGUAAAUUUCCGCAUUUAUAUUUGUAUUUACUAAAGUGUGUAACUGGAUUUCAGUAGCUGACUUUCCAGAAGUACUAGGAAUAUUGUUAACCAGAUCAAACCUAAAAAACUGUUGGAAAAUUUAAGCUUAAGAACAAGCUAAUGGGCAUAAUUAAGUUAUUAAUUAAAAAUAAAAACUUGUUCUCAUAUCUAAAACAUGUGGAAUCAUCUGGGAUUUCUAAGAUUGUUAAGUUUAUUUAUGAUUUCAGACUAAUUAAUUAUCACUUUUUAGUGGUCCUGUAAUAUCUGACUCUAGUUUGAUCUUUCGAUUAUCGAUAUCGACCCAUACAUAUCGUCAAUCCUCGUAUAUAAUCAUUGACUUAAAUGACAUUAGUGAAUAACGAAAUUAAAUAAGUUAAAUAUGAGAAUGAAGUUUUGAAUACGUAUAUUUUGUACAAUCGUUGAUUAGAACAGACAAUCAGAGAGACGGAGUGAAGGAAGCGAAAUGGAUUGGAGAAGGCAUGUGAACCAACUCCGCAUCGUUUCUCCCCGUCUCUGUGAUUGUCUGUUCUGAUCAACGAUUGUGCAAAAUACACGUAUUCAAAACUUCAUUCUCAUAUUUAAGUUAUUUAAUUUCGUUAUUCACUAACGUGAUUUAAGUCAAUGAUUAUAUACGAGGAUUGACGAUAUGUAUGGGUCGAUAUCGAUAAUCGGAAGAUCAAACUAGAGUCAGAUAUUUCAAGGCUAUUAAAGUGGUGGUGAGGCCGACGUGAUCCGUAUACGCAGCCUUCUGAUCAGGAGUCAGAUAUAGGGCCACUAAAUCUUAUUGCAUAUUUUAUUAAUAAAUUGUGUAUUUAUUUGCAAUGCAUUCAUCACACUAGUAAGUUAAUCAUCACUUAUAUCGAUACUGGUACAGUUUUGAUCCAAAAAACAUUUUUCUUAAUUCUUUGUUUAUUUUCUUUUGUUUUACAGCAUGAUAUGUUGAGUUCAUUAGA